AUUUAAGAUGAGCCAGCCAUUCAAACUUAACUCAACAAAUUAGUGAUUGCUAAUAGAUUCCGAAGUUAAAGGCAUUGUGUAUUUGGUUUUUGAGUUCCAGUCUUUUUCGAAUUUCUUAUUUUAAACGCACAUUGUUUGUCGGGAGUAUUUACGACCUACUCUCAGAUCAACGGAUUUUCGGAAAUGGAUACGUUAUCCGAAAGUGACUUCAAUUUAUCCGAAUCACUGAAAUCUUAUCCAACGUUUGCUUCUAUGGGGUUAAAAGAAAACCUUUUAAAGGGGAUUUAUGCCUACGGAUUUGAAAAACCCUCCCUUAUUCAGCAGAAAACUAUCAAACAAAUAACUUUAGGGAGAGAUUUGAUUGCACAAGCUCAAAGUGGGACUGGAAAAACUGCAACAUUUAGCAUAGGAACUUUGCAAAACGUUCUCCCCGAGAUCUGUCAAAUUCAAGUGCUAGUCUUGGCACCCACACGCGAAUUGGCUUUCCAAAUACAUCAUGUUAUGUCAUCAUUGUCUGAUUACUUGUCUAUCAGAUGUGUCUCCUGUUGUGGUGGGCGAAACAAUACUAUGCAAAUGGCUCGCGAACUUGAUAAGGGAGUGCAUGUUGUCGUUGGUACUCCAGGUCGAAUAUUGGAGCUUCUUCGACAAGGUAACAUACGUUUAAAUAAACUACGUUCUUUGGUUUUGGAUGAAGCUGAUGAAAUGUUAAAUAGAGGAUUACACGAUCAGUUAGAGGAGAUAUAUCGCCGCCUCCCAUCUCAUACUAAUUCGAAUAACAAAAAGUCUCUCAGUUGUCAAAUUGUUAUCAUCUCAGCUACAAUGCUUAAAGAGCAUUUAGAAUUGUUUCAAAAUUUCACAUCUAAUCCUGUUUGUGUUCUUGUACCGAGAGACGAACUUAGUCUUUCUGAUCUUCAACAAUUCUACAUCGAUGUUGGCUCAGAGGAAUGGAAAUUCGAAGCGUUAAAUGAUUUAUUUUCCAGUGUUUGUGUUUCACAAACUGUUGUCUUUGUUAAUACUCGACGAAAAGUUGAGUGGCUUGCAAGUCAGUUGAAACGAGAAGGUUUUACAGUGGCUGCUGCUCACGGUGAUCUUGAUCAAAGCCAAAGAGAGUCAGUUAUGAAACAAUUUCGUUCUGGCGAAUGUCGUAUUUUAAUCAGUAGUGAUAUGUGGGCUAGAGGUAUUGAUGUUCAGACAGUGGGAUUAGUUGUGAAUUUUGAUUUGCCAAUGAAUACCAGUGAAUACUUACAUCGUAUAGGUCGUUCUGGGCGUUUUGGACGUACUGGUUUGGCUGUUAGUUUUAUUGCCAAUGCUGAGGAACGUAAACAGCUUUUAGAAAUUUGCAAUUAUUAUCAAAUUGCUAUUCCACCAGCACCAGCUCGUUUGGAUAAAAUGUUAGUCAUUAAUAAUUCUGUACACAAUUCACCCAAAAUAGCAAAUUCACCAUGUAAAUCUGAUACAAGCAACGGCCAACCUGUAAAACACCAUCAACUUGCGAAACAUUUAAAACGUAAGAAAAAACAACACAAGAGGAAAAAAAACUUGAAAAUUGCAAAAUAAAAUAAACUUUGUACAUCUGUUUCUAUAAAUUUAAUGCAUAUGCUUUUUAGUGUUUUGAAGAUCAAAGGUGUUAUGUCUAAUCUGUAAUUGCUUUCAUGAAGGUUGUUAAUAACAGUUCAAGUCCAGUCUUUCCUAGUAAAAAUGACAGUAAACGGUAUCUGUAUAUUUCAAACCACCAAUAAUUUCGACCAAAUAGACAUACUGUCACCUUAUAUGCAGGUGAUAAUUUCAAUAUUAUCGACACUACUUCAUAAUUAAGAUAAGAGUCUGAAUAUAUAUAAAUAUUU